GCCUUUAACACAGACGAUGACGUUUACGCGUUCUCGUACGCCAUUGGCUGUGGGACUUCCGGGUCGUAUUUUGUUUUUGAGGCAGACUCGAGCAUGGCCGUGGAGCUCUGGAACAGAGUCAACGUCCCUUUUCCCAGCGCCGUGUCCGCUGUCCGUGUGCCCUUCACCGCACAGACAGCUGCAGACGUUGAAACGCUGCUGACGGAGAGCGAAAAUGUGCUGAAGCUGGUCCGCAGUGAGAUCCUUCAGACGGAGGUCAGGCUGCUGUACGAGCUGCUGUACGUCCUGAACAACAGCUCCAGAGGCAACAAGACGUUCAAGGCACUGAAGCAGGUGGAGCAGUGUGCGAACAGGCUGAAGAACAUGAAGCUCGAAGCUGCUCUUCAGGAACUGUCAGAUCUGUGUCCGAACAGGAUCCAGAGGCAGCUGAGCAUCAAGGACGGCCAGUGUUUCGUUCCCAGUCAGCCCAGGCUGGAGUGGAUCUGUCUCAAAGUGCUGGGGGCCGCUCGGCUGAUGAGCUGCACGCUGAGUCGCUGCAGCAGAGCUUUCACACUCUCAAAGCAGCAGAUGAAGUGGGAGGAGUUUGUCAUCCUGAACGUGGUGAUAACCAGCAUGCUCAGCCGUCUGUGGGUGAUUUUCCGUGGCGUGCUGCUCGCCCUGUCCGGCCUCUACCGGCAGCUCCUGGAGCUUCUCGGAGACGUAGCCCGAGCCCAGCCCAUGCCCUUCCUCACAGACUUCUCCCUGCCAGCUGAUCUGGCUCAGUUCCUCGGUUCCUCUGAUGCUUUGUUAUUGACCAAGCAUCCGGCGCACAGCAGAGCGCGGCAGGAAAAGAAGCAGGCGGCGAAGAAACUUCCAGCUGAAGCCAAGAAGACCUGCACGCAGAAAAGAAAGCUCAAAGAAGACCUCGGCGUUGCAGUUAAAAGAGGCGUCGGCCUCGGAGCAGACAGGAAGUCUUUUUUCAAGCUCUGCAGGACUUUCACAGAGUCGACGCCCAAACAAAUGUGCAGAGCUGACAGGAGACACGAGUUCCAGAAACAGGUGAGAGAAGCUGCUUCUUUCUCACACAUGGAGAUCCGUGUAGACGAGAUGAUUCGCUGGUGCAAAUCCCAGAGGAUGGGAAAGGAAAAACGCCUUUUAACAUUCCUGCGUUUAAAGUGCCGGCAGAUGAAAUGCCUGGAGGCAGCGGGCUACAACGUCCAGAGGAAGCUGCAAACCUUCAAAAAGGAAGCUUGCUGGGCUUCAUCUCCAGAAGGAUCAGCGCCAAAGACCUUACGUUCGCUCGCCUCAAGGAGGAGAAGCGUCCACGGGAUAAUUUGUUUUCAUAGCCUCAGGAGGCGGUUUAUGAUGAGAGGCGGCGUAAAAAGGAAAGAGCAGGCGGGACGACAGAGACGAGCUCGACUUAGCGGGGACGACCAGAGAAGCAGGACCGCACGAGAGGCGACGCAUCAGAGCACAGACUCUGACACUCACAAUGACAUCGAUGACAUUUUUGCCUCUGCAGGUCUGUGAAGCCUGAAAGCACCGAUUUAACGUCACAGACAGACGAACAGUCUGACGUUUAGAAGCAGAAGCUCAGCUUUAAGUUCAUCAGGCGGCGUUUUUAAUCACUGUGCUCGAGAUUUUUAGAGAGUUUAAUGUUUUUCUCAUUAAAAGCUAUAAAGCAUGGAAACAACUGAAAUUAACCCAAUGAACCCAACCCAGUAUUAGACGGUGCACCUGAUACAGUGAGUGUAUGAAAUCAAAUGUAAUAGAAAAUAAAUUAACUGAUGGAGCUGAAAUAUGA